AUGGAGGUCUGUGACUAUAUCGAGUUUGGCCUCCCCGGAUCCGUGCUGUACCGGGGAUUUCUCCUGUCCGACUCUCCUUCUUCCGCCACCACCGCUCCCAGCGCCGUUACCGCGCCCAGCAAGUCUUCGUCUUCGUGUCCACCGUCUUCUAUCAUUCAGUCUGCGCGAGAUCAAGAGGACACCACGAUCCUCCACCCGAUCUCCACGUGGGAUGACGUUCCGAUUCGCCCUGCUGACUCAGCUUUAUCGCACGGAGGUGGCGGCCUGGAUGGGCUUAUGGCGGGCGACAUCAUUUCUAUGGUUUGCUGCACGCCGCGUAACUUGUGGGUGCAAAUCGAGGCGGCUUAUAACGAGGCGUGUCAUCCUCUGCGCGUUCGCCAGGUGGACGGAUUACCCGCUCAUUACAGUCACAAUCUCGAUUGGAACCUCGGGAUCAUCCCGCAAACGUGCUCCUGCCGCCAAGGCGACAACGUCGGAGGGGAUCCGCAGUCUGGAUCAUGCGACAAGGCAUGCGACGCGGCAACAUGCGCGACCAUGUGCGACAAUGCAUGCGACAGCGCGAGCGACAAGCACACCCCUUUGGAGGUGAUCGAAAUCGGGCGCGGGGAGGUGCGAGUGGGGCAGGUGUAUCUGGUGAAGCCGCUGCUUGCGUUCCUCGUCAUCAGCCCCGAUCUCAAGUCCUCCUGGAAAAUCGUGGCCGUCAAUUCGUUGGAUCCGAUGGCUGAGACGUCGCUGGAUUCGCGAAGUGUUGAUCCGCCCAACACCAUCGCGGGUCGUGCAGCAGCAGGGGAAUGCGCAGCAGGAGGGCAGGAAGUUGACGAGGCAUUGGCGAUCGUCCUCGUCCUGUGCUCUCGAGAUCCCUACGGGAAUGCUGUUAGACUCUCCCUAUCCCUUGCAUCGCUCCUCCUCUUCCAACAUCCGCCAUUCCCGCACCUUGACCCGCUCCGUCUCUGCUUUCCUGCGCCAACCCCUCACGCCCUCCCCCCUGCCGCGUCCCCCCUUGCCGCCUCUCACCCCUCGCAGCCCCCCGCGUGCCUUCUCGCCCUCCUCGCACAGAGAGGCGGCCUCAGGAUCUGUGUUUUGCUACCUUGA